AUGCGCCCGCCUUGGGCCGCCUCUGACCGCGGCCUGGCGUGGGGGCCCCUGGUGCUGGGCCUCUGCGGACUCCUGGCUGCAUCCCAGCCCCAGCUGAUACCCCCCUACGGCUCCGAGAACCAAACCUGCUGGGACCAGGAAAAGGAGUACUACGAACCCAAGCACCAGCUCUGCUGUUCCCGCUGCCCCCCAGGCACCUAUGUCAAAGCCGAAUGCAAUCACAGCCAGGACACGACUUGUGCCACGUGUGCCGAGAACUCCUACAACGAGCACUGGAACCACCUGUCCAUCUGCCAGCUGUGCCGACCCUGUGACUCUGUGCUGGGCUUCCAGGAGAUCGCGCCGUGCACCAGCAAGCAGAAAACCCAGUGCCGCUGCCAGCCCGGGAUGUUCUGCGCCCACUGGGCCCUUGAGUGUGUGUACUGCGAGCCGCUUUCAGAGUGCCCGCCUGGCACUGAGGCUGAGCUCAAAGGUGAAGUGCCCGAGGCCAACAACAAUUGCGUCCCCUGCAAGGAAGGCUACUUCCAGAACACCUCCUCCUCCAGCGCUCGCUGCCAGCCCCACACCAGGUGUGAGGACCUCGGCUUGGUGGAGGCAGUCCCAGGCACCACCCAGUCCGACAGGACAUGCCAAGACCCACCCGAGCCGUUGCCAGGGACCGUGCUGGUGCUGGCCAUCCUGCUGCCGCUGGUGUCCUUUCUGCUCCUCACCAUCCUCGCCUGCACCUGGAAGAGCCUCCCCUCCCUCUGCAGGAAGCUGGGAUCCCUGCUCAAGAGGCACCCGGAGGGAGAGGAAUCCCCCUCCUGCCCCCCUCCAAGGGUCAACCCACACUUCCCUGACCUGGUGGAGCCGCUUCUGCCCGUCUCUGGAGACUUGUCUCAGGCCUCUGCCGGAGCCCCGGCCGCCCCGGGCCUGGAGGAAGUGGUGCUACAGCAGCAGAGUCCCCUGAGCCAGACCAGAGAGCUGGAGGCUGAGCCUGGGGAGCAGGGCCAGGUGGCCCACGGUGCCAAUGGCAUUCAUGUCACCGGUGGCUCUGUGACUGUUACUGGCAACAUCUACAUCUACAACGGGCCAGUACUAGGGGGAGCGCGGGGCCCUGGGGACCCGCCGGCUCCCCCCGAGCCUCCGUACCCUAUUCCCGAAGAGGGCGCUGCAGGCCCUCCCGGGCUCUCUACACCCUACCAGGAAGACGGCAAAGCUUGGCACCUGGCCGAGACAGAGACACUGGGCUGCCACUCCCUCUGA